UAUUCUCGAAGUGUGUAUAGUUUGUUACAUUGCAAUCAACCCUUAUCCACCCACAGGGUGCUAUUGUCACAGACAUCACUGCGUAGCUUCAAAAUCAUCUCGUCUCCCCAUUUCAAAUCUUCAAAUGGCGGAAACCACCAAAAUCCGUUUUGGUUUCAUCGGCUGCGCCGAAAUUGCGCGUAAAGUCUCCCGCGCCGUCGCACUCGCGCCCAAUGCCGUCCUUCACGCCAUCGGGAGCCGCUCCCUCGACAAGGCCCGCGCCUUCGCCGCCGCCAACGACUUCCCCGCCGUCGCCAAGGUGUACGGCUCCUACGAGGCCGUCCUGGACGACCCCGACGUCGACGUCGUCUAUGUGCCGCUCCCCACCAGCCUGCACUUGCGCUGGGCCGUGCUCGCCGCCAGCAAGAAGAAGCACGUGAUGCUUGAGAAGCCAGUUGCUCUUAACGUUGGUGAGUUUGAUGAGAUCAUCGCAGCGUGCGAAUCCAAUGGGGUGCAGCUCAUGGACUGUACCAUGUGGAUGCACCAUCCCCGCACCUCGAAGAUGAAGGAGUUUCUCUCCGAUGUAAACCGUUUUGGCCAGCUCAAAUCGAUUCGCAGCAAUUUUACAUUUACUGCUAGUGCGGAUUUCCUUGAGAAUGACAUUCGUGUGAAGCCAGACCUUGAUGCUCUUGGUGCUCUUGGCGAUGAAGGUUGGUACUGUCUUAGGGCAAUACUGUGGGUUGCGAACUAUGAACUACCAAAAACUGUAAUCGCCUUGCGCAGCCCUGUGCGUAACCAAUUUGGGGUGCUAUUGGCAUGUGGGGCUACUUUGUACUGGGAAGAUGGAAAAGUAGCAACCUUUUAUUGCUCCUUCUUAGCCAACAUGACAAUGGAUAUAACUGCUUUUGGGACAAAAGGAGCACUACAUGUUCAUGAUUUCAUUAUCCCUUAUGAGGAGAAGGAAGCAUCAUUUUUUGCAGCUACAGAAUCAGGUUUUGAUGAAGGUGUUACAAAGUGGGUUAACAAGCCAAGCGAGCAUGUAAUAAAAACUGAGAUACCUCAGGAGGCUCUUAUGGUGAAUGAGUUUGCCCGUUUGGUGGCAGAUAUCAAAUUCAAGAACGCGAAACCCGAGAAGAAGUGGCCAACAAUUAGUAGGAAAACUCAACUGGUAAUAGAUGCUGUGAAGGCUUCCAUUGAUAAGGGUUUUGAGCCUGUUCAGAUUCAGGAGUGAUGUGUAUGAACCGAGGUCUGUGUUCUUGCGGUGCAUCACAGAAACAAUUUCUGUUUGUGUAAUUUUAUCAGUUCAUUGUUGACCUGGUUUGUAGACUUAGUCAGUUUUAGUGUCAUUCACGUUGUGUUUGUUAAUAAAGAUGCACCGCAGACUCUCGGAAGGAAGAUUGAUGAAUGCAAGUGUUGUAUUUUUUCCCUAAUUGAUUUAGGUGAGAUAGGGACGGUACCCACACGUGCUUUUUGGC